AUGAUGUCUCUGAGAGUUCUCUCGCUGCUUUUUGCUUCUCUGAGCUUUGUUUUGAUGGAAGAGAACGUCUCAGGCCUCAGCAUCAGGACUCCGGGCUCCAGACCGAUGCACAGACGCUACUCUGAGGCCACGCUGGCGAGCGACUACAGCCGCACGAUGGACAACAUGCUGAAAAAGAACUUCGUGGAGUGGCUGCUGGCCCGGAGAGAGAAGAAAAGCGACAACGUCAUUGAGCCGUACAAGAGAGAAGCCGAGCCCCAGCUAUCCGCAGCGAGUGACCAAAGCUCGGACCUGCGCAGCCACGAAGCCAACGACUUCCUUGCCUGGCUCCUAAAAGCCAAGGAGAAUCAGAGUUCUGCUUCUCCAGAUGGUUCAGAAGAUUUGAAGGAUGUUGUGAACCAGGAGUUUCUGACAUGGUUAAUGUCAACUGACCUCUGCAGACCAUGAGCUGUGUAACCACAGCACCGCCUGAGGAGCUCCCACAGCCGCACUGAGGAGGAACCUCUGCGUUGAGUAUCACCCACUUUGCCAAUGGAAGAAAUAAAAGAUUUUC